UUAUUGGCUGUGCAGGAAAUUGAUUCAGUCGGUCUAUUCGCACCACUGGUUCGCACGAACUGACAGGAAGUCAACAGAAGGGUAUUUUCAAAUGAUCGUGUGAAAAAUGCUGCUGAAAAAGGAGAUUUUACCUUUGUAAUGUAAAUGGGCUUCAAAAGUAGCCUGCUAGAUAACAACUAAAUUUAAAAAAUAUCGACAAAAACCGAGAAAGACCAAACACGAUGGAAAAUUGAGCCGUCUGUCCGGUUCGGAAUAUAUAUUUGCAUAGGCUACAGUAAGUUAACUAUCAUCAGUGGCCGAAAUGGAGCUAUUCCAAGCCAAAGAUCAUUAUAUCCUCCAGAGCGGAGAGAAAGCGCUGUGGUGUAGCCGAAAUGAUGGGACAAUGGAAUUCAGACCCGCUACAGAUCUCCUGUUGGCAUGGAACCCAGUGUGCCUAGGGCUGGUGGAGGGAGUAAUUGGGAAGAUACAGCUUCAUGCCGAUCUCCCUCUGGGCCUGAUAAUGAUUAGACAGAAAGCCCUGGUGGGCAAACUGCCCGGUGACCACAGUGUGUACAAGAUAACCAAGAUCACAGUCAUCCCGCUGUCAGAGGACGAGCCCCAGGACCUGGAGCUGGAGCUAUGUAAGAAGCACCACUUCGGUAUCAACAAACCGGAGAAGAUCUCACAGUCCCCCGAUGAGUCCAAGUUCCUGCUGAAAACUUUCAGUCAGAUCAAGUCAAACGUUGCCGUGCCCAUCAAGAAAAAGGUAAAGGAGAACAAGGAGAAGGAACGGCUUGAGAAGCGGUUGCUCGACGAGCUGUUGAAGAUAUUCAUGGACUCUGAUUCGUUCUACUACAGUGUGACCUAUGACCUGACUAAUACUGUCCAGAGACAGGGAGACGCACAGAACACCAGCCUGCCUCUCUGGCAACGGGUUGAUGACCGGUUUUUCUGGAACAAGUACAUGAUACAGGACCUCAUUAACCUGCAGGUAAGCUGUUGGGAACCCUAUGAGAUGGUCUCUUCUCCGAUACCCUUUUGGAAAAGUCCCAUUAAAUUCCGAAUGGGACAAUUUCAGCAGGAUUCCUGUGUGAUAAUGUCUUCUGAGCAUCCCUUCAGAAUCCCUCUGUGAACUGGCCCCCACAACAGUCCUUGAAAACGCACAGAAACCGCAAGAGUUUGUUGCAGUGUUCUUGGUGGAAAUAAAUGGGUUUCCUGUAUGUUAUUAUUGGAUUUUUUAUGCAGGGUGAGGGGAUCUCCCAUUUGUGACCACAGAGAUUCUACCGUCUCUGCAGUAUUUGUAGUUUCACCAGUGAGGCUGAUAUAAUCACUGCCAAAAAUGACAUGACCAUUCUCGAAGGUCAUUGCACCUGCAUAUAAAUGGACUGCAUUUAUAUAGCGCUUUUAUCCAAAGCGCUUUACAAUUGAUGCCUCGCAUUCACCAGAGCAAUUAGGGGUUAGGUGUCUUGCUCAGGGACACUUCGACAUGCCCAGGGCGGGGGAUCAAACCGGCAACCCUCCGACUGCUAGACAACCACUCUUACCUCCUGAGCUAUGUCGCCCACAAAGGCUUUCAUAUAAGAGUCACAACAUAUAAUUGGACCCACAAAAUGAUAAGUGCGAACGUCAUUGGCUGAUAUUGGCUGACAUUUUUCUAACGGGUGCUCAGUAUUUGCUCAUUUCAUCCUGAUUAAUGUUCUGUAAUAUCUACAAUAUCGCAGCAGUACGGAGACUCCAUAUGACAGUUCCCCACAUAUACUCAGGAAUUAAUGCUAAUCUGCAAGAAACAGCUGCCCGAGUGUUCUGUCUAAGUCAGUUUAGGAGAUACAGUGCACAGCUGCUUUUUUAGUGUUUGGGGAAUGGUUUUUAGUUGGGUAUGUCUGCCACAUGGUGUCAAAAAAAAACAGGAUGUGGCUGGGAGGGACUCUUGCUGCCGGAACGGCUUCUCUGCACUGACUCACGCUUUCCCACAAAGGCUUUCUGUUUCAUUAGUCACGCUGCAGAGGGUGCUGAGAUAAAGGGGAAUUCUUACUUCUCGCUCGUUACCUCUUCUGUAACUUAUUUAGGAAACUCAGUUAUAUGAUGUGUUUUUUUUUUUUUUUAAUCACAAAAGACAUAUAGGAGCACUGGUACCAAGUGAGUCGGGCGACCUUUAAAUAAUUUCAUUUGAGGCCCCCCCCCCCCCCGCCAAUAU